UUGCAUUCCUCCCUUCCAUUAGAAUAUAUUCAUAUACAAGAACACCAAUUUCUCACACACACAAAAAAAAGAAAUUCGAUUCCCACACACAUCAAACAUCACCAACCCAUAUCUACACAUAUAAACCUCAACACAAAAUCCUCAAAACCACCAUCUAUGGAAGCCCUCUCCUGCAAAAGAAGCAAGCAAACAUCAUCCCUCCCUCCCUCCGCCCAGAGCAUCCGCUGCCUCGGCUGCCAAACACUCCACUCCCUCUCCACCGCCACCGGCGACGCCGCACGCUCCACCACCCAAGAAUUCCGCCUCGACAUCUCCAAGAAAAAAACCGAAGCAAAAGACCUCUGCCGCAGCCUCCGCCGCAAACUUCCCUUCAACACCACCACGCCGCCGCCGCAAAACACCCCUUGCGCCUCCCUCCGCGGCGAGCCCCGGCCGGGGAGGCGGGCGCUCGUCUGCGGAGUGAGCUACAAGAAGCAGAAGCACGAGCUCAAGGGCAGCGCGCUCGACGUGAGUAAGAUGAGCGCGCUGCUCCUCGACAACUUCCGCUUCCCGCAGGAAUCCGUGCUCGUCCUCGCGGAGGAGGACGGCCAUCCUCCUCCGACGAGGGAGAACAUCGAGGAGGGGCUCCGGUGGCUGGUGAGGGGGAUCCGGCCCGGGGAUUCCCUCGUGUUCUACUUCUCCGGCCACGGGAAGAGGCAGCGCGAGGAGGUUGCCGGGGAUGAGAUCGACGGCUUUGAUGAGACGAUCUGCCCCGUUGAUUUCGAGGAGAACGGGAUGAUCGUUGAUAACUUCAUCAACCGCGCCAUCGUUAGGCCGCUCGUGCCGGGUGUUACGCUUCAUGCCAUCAUUGAUUCUUGCCACAGUGGAACUAUUCUCGACUUACCCUACGUUUGCGACGCCAGGGGAGAAUGGGAAGACAAUAGUCCACCUUCUGGAGCUUAUAAAGGAACAAAAGGAGGAAAGGCCAUUUGUUUCAGCGCUUGUGAAGAUUUUCAACUCGCUGCAGAUACAACACUUUUCUCAUCAGACAAGGAAAUGACAGGUGCCAUGACCAUCACAUUCAUAAAUGCAAUCAAAGAAUCACAAGAGAGAAAUGAGAAGAUAAGUUACAAGGGUAUCAUGGAUGCUAUGCGUCAUAGCAUCAAGCAAGCCGGUAAAUCGGGAGGCAUCUUUGCCGGAAUACGCCGCAGAUUCCACCGGCGAAUCUUGCAGGUGCUUACUUUAUCAUUCAUGAAAAUCUUGGAUUGUUUUCCACAAUUCUCAUGUGGUUUUUUGGUAAUUGAUUUUCAGGAUCCAUUGCUGUCAUCAACUGAAAAGUUCAACACCAGCACUCACUUCAGUCUAUAAUAAUGAUUAGAGUCAAAUGUUACAUUUAACUUCCUUGAUAAUCUUCUUAGUAAUUAGUAGUAACAUUCAUGCAAGUUAAUUUUUGUAUAUAUACUUUGUCAUGGUAUAAUAACCGAAAACAAAUCCAAACUUAA